AUGUCUGAUACACAGGCGAGGGGCCAACAGGCCAUGUCAGAGUCGAGACGUCCUUUCUUCUAUCCAGACAGCAGCAGCGACACAGAAGAGUAUAGAAGAGACAGCGAGGAGCGCCGAAAGCGAUUGUCCAGGCGUAACAAUUUGCCAAACCUACGCAGGCCGAAUAUGAUGGCAAAGACGCAGUCGCCUAACGCACCAAUUCCGUCGACCUCAACGGAUCAACCAAAGCUGGAGAAGAAGAAUCCUUUGUGCGACGAUAGAAUAACACUGGUGGUGGAUAAUACUAGGUUUGUAGUGGAUCCAGCUCAGUUUACCGCACAUCCUAAUACAAUGCUUGGAAGGAUGUUUAGUUCAGGUAUAGACUUCACCCACCCUAAUGAAAGAGGGGAAUAUGAGGUGGCUGAAGGAAUCUCGGCAACAGUGUUCCGAGCGAUACUGGAGUAUUACCGUGGUGGUACCAUCCGCUGUCCUCCCACAGUGUCAGUGCAAGAAUUGAGAGAAGCCUGCGAUUAUCUUUUAGUGCCUUUUGACGCAAAUACUGUGCGGUGUCAGAACCUUCGUGGCCUUUUACAUGAGUUAUCAAACGAGGGUGCUAGACGUCAAUUUGAAUGCUUCCUGGAACGUUUGAUACUGCCUCUCAUGGUGGAAUCUGCGCAGCGUGGCGAUAGAGAGUGCCAUGUGGUGGUGCUCCUCGACGAUGACUCCGUGGAGUGGGACGAGGAAUAUCCUCCGCAGAUGGGCGAUGAGUACAGCCAGACUGUGCUAUCCACACCCCUGUACCGGUUCUUUAAAUAUAUCGAAAAUAGAGACGUCGCAAAACAAGUGAUGAAAGAGCGUGGUCUUAAGAAAAUUCGUCUCGGCGUGGAAGGUUACCCGACCUACAAAGAAAAGGUUCGCAAACGGCCAGGAGGCCGCGCCGAAGUAAUAUACAACUAUGUGCAGCGGCCCUUUAUUCACAUGUCUUGGGAGAAGGAGGAAGCUAAGAGCCGACACGUAGACUUUCAAUGCUUCAAGUCGAAGUCUGUUACCAAUUUGGCCGAGGCUACUGCUGAUCCUGUUAUAGAGUUGGAGCCGAUCAGGGCCCGUGAGGAUGUGGAGGUGCCAGACAACCCCGAAGAGCCGCAGGAGGAGCAGUGA